AUGGACUUGUGUAGUGAACAAAAGGUUAUACUAGAAAAAGUAGCUAAAGAAAAUGGUUUUAAAAAUUAUACAAUUAAAAGCGAGCGGGCUUCAAAUACAGGUGAUAAUUUUGUUGGCGUACUAAGCAGAAUCUCAAUUGAAGAAAAUUGUAGGAAAAUUGCAGUCAUCAUUAAAUCAACCAAAUCAGGAGUUGAGAAAGAACUACAAAAUCCAAGGAUUCCUUUUCUAAAAGAAAUUUAUGUGUAUGAUCAAAUAUUUCCAGAAUAUGCAGCAUUUGCCCAAGAAUUUAAUAUUAAAGAUGUAUUUAAGGCACACUGCAAAUGCUUUGGUACCUGUGAUGAAGAAAACAAAGAAUACUUGGUGCUUGAAGAUAUGAGGGAACAUGGUUUUAAAAUGUGUAGCAAAUAUGAAACAAUGAACACCUUUCAUAUAGAAGCAGUUAUUAGAGAAUAUGCAAAAUUUCAUUCUAUAGCAUUAGCCAUGAAAACUAAAAGACCCGAAAAAUUUAAAAAAUUAACAACUGGAAUCCCAAAAAUUGCUCCAUCACAAGACAAAGCUGAUGUUCAAAAGAUACAAAUGCUAAAUUUAUAUAAUGCUGUUAAAGACAAUCACUUAGCUACAGAUUUCAUUAAAAAAUUUGAAAAUCAGUUAAAUGAAGCAAUAGCUAUUGAUACUAAUGAUGAUGUAGUUAUAAUACAUGGGGAUACUUGGUGCAACAAUAUGUUAUUUAAGUAUGAGGACAACAAUAACCAGGAAAAACCUUCAGAAGUAUGUAUUAUUGAUUGGCAAAUAUCUCAAUUAGGCUCCCCCGCUAACGAUUUAGUCAACUUUCUUUUUUACAAUGCAUCCGAAAAAAUACUUGAAGAUUAUGAAAAAUACUUAAAAAUUUAUUACGAAACUUUACAGAAAAAUCUGAAAGAUUUUUCUUGUGACGUUGAGGAAAUUUUACCAUUUGACCGUUUACGAAAAAUGUUUAAAAAUUAUUGUAAACGUUCGCUAUGGAACUGUGUUCUUAUAAUGAGGCUUCAAAUGUGCGAAUCUCACGAAGUUCCAGAUGUGAAAAAUAUAAAGAGUCUUAUGGAAAAUGGAGCUACAAUUGAAGAUUUGGUUAAUUUUAAGAUACGUAGAAUAGAUGAAUAUUAUCGAAGACUAAGCGUAAUAAUCAAAUUUAUGAUUAAAAACUCUUUUUUUUAA